AUGCUCGGGCUUUUGUCUUAUCGAUCAAUCGGUGUUUCGGCCGUCGAUUACGUGGGCAAUACUACCAAAUGUAAUGCCCUGUUCCCGGUGUACGUACGUCAGCGCCGGGACACUAGCGUAUGUAUCACCCAUUUGAACGCCCGACUCAACGAGACUGUACUCAAAGCAUUUUAUUCAACCAAUAUUAAAUUAUACAAUAUUGAGAGAGCAUCGGUGACCGUGUACCCGGUCAACGAGCUACCACAUUUUAAUAGAAUGAACCAUAUGCACGGGGUCAAUAAACUAUUCUCACCUGUCAUUGAUGCUAAGCUAAUAGUACUAUUGCCCCGACCCUAUCAGUCGGACUGUCGGCAGUACUCAGACGGCAGUGCAGGCAAUGGGGACCCAAAAUCUCGGUCCGAGUGUAUGGUUGAGGCGAUGGCCCGACAGGAACGGCACACGUGUGGGCACAACCGGUACUGGAGUUGGAGUCGAUUGGCUCCCAAUGAGAGCAUAAGAGAUAUUGUUAACCGUAUAAACACAUCGGAUGCUCAGACAGACUGUUACGUGAGACCCGACCCGAGAGCUUUGCACAGGGAGUGUAAAAUUGGUUGCGAUUAUUACGAAAGAAGUGUUGCAUGGUCAAAUUCAAAUUUAAACGCGCAUCAUGCUGCUUCCAGUAUUAAAUUAAUGCAAAUAAGUUUUUUGUGCAAACGAUACGUAAGUAUGGUGUGGCGGCUGUUUCCCAAAAUGUCAAUUGUCGACUACCUGUGCUCUGCGGGCGGCCUAAUGGGCAUGUAUUUGGGACUCAGCAUCGAGUCGGCCCUAACCCUCGUUAUCAACAAAUCACAAACAUAUGUCCGACGACUCACUAAUCAAACAAAUCCCGUAAUGUAUCGCAAAAUUACUCCCAUUUGUAAAUCACUGCAAAUAUCAUCAGUUAUGGUCUGUUUGGUCUUAAUGGUACGCAUUCCAGCCCUCGUAUUUCCCAUACGUGUUAAAGAUUAUUAUAUAAACAAUAAUAAAUUAAAUCGUGGUAAUUUAUUAAUAAAUUAUGCGUUCAAAUCGGUGCUGCGCGUGAACGACCUAGAGCUAUUUAAGCGCAAUGUCUACGAUUACAGCCAAAGUGUUGUAGCAUGUUACUUUGAAUUCGCUGGUGGCGAACGGGUCAACUGUCCCACACAUAACACGUCCAUCUAUUUUAGCGGCAGUAAAACAUCGUUAAUAUAUAACACAUUUUUUAUGCACGACUCGGGCGUAACGACUAAACUUAGGGCUAAACUAUUGAGCAAAAACUUUCUACGGGUUGCCAUCGAUCACAAAAGUGCUAACAUUUCAACGUUGUCGGUGUACGCGAUGAACGAGUGGCAUCAGGGCUACUUGGUCGAUUUAAAUGCCGAGUAUAACAUCAUGUUUACCCGACAGUCGUUUCAUCAAUUACGGCGACCGACGUAUCGGUGUUUGACUGAAAAUAUUACUUUAUUUAUCAACGGUUGGCACUAUUGGCGUAUAAACGAGUGCAUUAAGCGCCGGGUGUACCCAAUCAACAACUGUUAUCCGUUAUAUAACUAUCAUUAUAUCGUUGAUAUUGAGAAUGACAUCGUGCGCUCCGGGAGGCAAUUCUGCUCCCAUCGUUAUCAUAAUAAAACUUAUUUUUGGUCCAUGUUAAAACAAUGUCAACAAUCUAUUUUGGAUACGUGUCUGUAUCGGCCAAUUGGGUUACAUGCACUCAAAGUGCGCGACGGGUUACCCGGUGUGACCAGGGUUAAUUUAAUCCCAACUAGAUAUUUUGAGCCCGUAAUCUCUGAACAAUUGGCUACAGAUUUGAUGGAUGUUUGGUAUAAUAUGGGCGGUACUAUUGGCGUUUGUUAUGCCAUAAGCAAUGAUGUGUUUAAGGAUAUGAAGAGUGACCACGAUUUUACGGGAAAAGUAGUGUUGACAACUGGCUCCAGCUCUGGCAUCGGUGAGGGAAUAGUCAAACUGUUCUCACUAUUGGGCGCCAAUGUUGUGGUCACCGGACGGAAGGUCAGUGAAAUCAGUCGUGUGGCCAAAGAGGCUCAACAAUUGUCACCAAAAAAACUGAAGCCUCUGGAAGUGGUGGCAGAUGUGGGUAAAAGUGAUGAUCUGAAGAGAUUAUUAAACGAGACGAUCAAAACUUAUGGUAAAUUAGAUGUAUUGGUCAAUAACGCAGGAAUCGGUCAAUUCAUUGGCAUAAGAGAUCCCAAUCUUAUGUCAGUGUUUGAUAAGACAAUACAUAUAAAUUUGCGAUCAUUUCUUGAGCUCAUCCAACUGUCUGUCCCUUAUUUGGAUCAAACAAAUGGCACUAUUAUUAGUAUAUCGAGUAUCGCCGCUUUCAAACCGUAUAUUAAUAUUAUGUCAAAACAGUCUGCAUUAGGCUUAGCAUAUCAGGCAUCAAAAGCGGGCGUUGAUGUGAUGUCCCGGGCGUUGGCCCUGGAGUUGGGACCCAAAAUACGGGUCAAUGUUAUCAACCCGGGACCUGUGAUCACAAACUUUUUUAACAACAACCCUAUGGCUAAUCCCAAAGCGGCUGAGAAACUAUUUUCAAAUAUGAUGUCCAAAAUAACAAUGAAAAGACUCGGAUCGGCGCUCGAUAUUGCCAAAGGGGUCGUAUACCUGGCCUCACCCGACGCUGCUUUUAUUACAGGCGCUAAUCUAGUCAUUGAUGGUGUUUUAAGUUCUAAGAUCUUAUCAAGAGUCUUGACUCAAGACAAUAUUUAA